AUGGAAGCUCGAAUGGAGAACACUGGCUAUUUGUCCGUCCCUCAGUUCGGGGGGUGGGAUCAUAAGGCCCCUGGAACAACUGAUUAUUCCAUGGUGUUCACUCGCGCCCGCGCAAACAGGAAGCAACACAAGAGCGACAUCAGCCGCGCAAGCCUUGGGAGCGAGAAAGAGUUGAUGGCCACCUGUCAUCAGGACGACCCGGUCAUGAGGAAAAAGAAGAUCCUGACCUACAUCAACUGCUGCAUAAAGCCAUGA